AUGAUCAAACAAGAAAUUUGCUUUCAGGGAAAUGAUGAUGAAAGUUUUAUUAGAGAAAAUGGAUUUGAGGAUCUUAGAGUUGUGUUGAACAUCAAAUUACAUUCUGGAAGUGUUGAAUUUUUUAUCUAUGUUGUUUUAAGCCGAAGAGACAAAAAUUUAAAAGUUUUUACAACUUCCUUUGCAAUGACACAUAACAAACAUGUCGUCACUAAUUAA